ACGCAUAAUUGGAUCGUGUAAAGUAUGGACGACAAUGGAGCAAUGGGUAAUGACCCAGACCUUCUAGUUGCAGCUCAAGACUACCAGAAACUUGCGAGAACCCACGUGAAUGCAGGUUUUAGGGAAGGAGUGGAGGAAGGUAAGCAGGAAGUGACAGAGAAAGGGUUCAGGAGAGGGUUCAGGGAGGGUGUCCAGAUUAGUCUCAGGUGGGCCAGACUCAGUGGGAGACUCAGGUGUGCAACAUUUGUGUUUGUCUGUGGAAAUGGUUGUGUGUACAGUGCCUUGGAAAUGUUUCUGCAGCAGGAGCGAGGGGAGUGUCUCAGUCAGGAGUUGAGCCAGUUGAAGGUUAAGAUUGAGAGAUUGGGGAGAGUGAGGGGAGAGGAGGUGAGCGGUGAUGGUGAAGGCGGUGAGACGAGGGAGCUGUGGGAGGUCUGUGAACAAGCAGACGGAUCUGACGACCUCGUCGAAAGUCAACAGCAAAUAGAAGACGCUCUCAAUGCUCUGGAAAAGCUGCUACAAACACCCCAACAAUGAUAGUGCUUUAGUGUCCAUGUCAUUAGUUUUACUUGUACACUCUGUCGCAAUCAGGCCUAAAGGCUCCUACACCAAAUACUUACACUCAACUGCACACAUUAUCAUUAGCAUGUUACAGGAUCAAGAAUAAUUCACACAAACAAAACAGAUUUUUCUUAAUGUGGCGAAACACAUGAGUCUGUUUGAAAAACUCAGAGAGGGUGCAGCUACUAGGUGCCAGCAGCACUGGACGUCACAGACGACACUACGAUUGUGACGUAUAGCACACUCCCAAAUAUCAUGCCGGCCAGAUUCCACCCUCGAGCCGACGCUGAAAGUCUUCUAGCUCUGUUCCCAUCUCCAGCAGCCC